UUUAAAUUGUCAAUAUGGAUCAACUGAAACGAAACUGAAAAUUUCCAAAGGAUAUAAGGAUAUGUAGUCUAUUAUAUUGAAUUAUUUGUUCGACGCAUGAUUUCAAAAAAACACUUCUCAUCAUCUUCAAUGGUAAUGGUAAAAUUAGAUUUUAUGAUUACCGAACCGAUUUAAAGGUACUUUACAGACAGGGAUGUAAAUAUCGUUAAGUGUUGAUCAGCUGUUUUAACUACCGUUUCUAAGGUAUAUAUAUUAAAUAUGUCAGCUGAACUCAGUAAUUCUGAAAUAGAAAAGUAUGCCAGGAUUAUACACACAUGUAUUGAUGAAGAUAAACCUAACAAAAUCAUCAGUACAUUAUGUAUGUUGACAAUAAGUCAGCGGGAAUCAAUAGUGACUUUCAAAAUCGAUGGAAGGCCUGCAUUAUGUUUUGCAUGUAUAAAGGGUAACGCAGAUAUUGUGAAAUAUUUGUUGGACGAAUGUGACCCCGAUGUUGAACAAAAUGGGUUCUUUAAAGCACCCACCUGGGAAAAUGGAAUUGAAGCUCCGUCUUUAUGGUGUGCGACAGGUCUUGAAAAUGGGCUUUAUAUAAUCAAACUUUUGACUGAACAUGGAGCAGACGUUAAUGGACUGACCAGUGUGCAGUCGACGCCAUUAAUAUCGGCAUGUGGGUCGCUAAAUAUGCCUAUGGUUGAAUAUCUCGUAGAACAUGGUGCAAACAUCAGGAAGACUACAAUACAGGGAUAUUCGUGUUUAAUGGCAGCCGUAGCUAACACGGAACUAUGUGCAUAUCUUAUUUCUAAAGGAGCAAGUGUUAACGCUUCAAGUAUGGAUGGAUAUACGGCCUUACAUCAUGCUGCACACGCUAAUAAGUUAGAAACCGUAAAGUUAUUAUGUCGGAAUGGAGGAUCAAUGACCGCCAAAACAAACUAUCAAGAAACACCCCUUAAAAUCGCUGCUCUGAGAGGCAGUUCAACUAUUAUAAAAUACUUUCUAGAUACUUAUACAUUUUCAGUCGAAGACAAAUGCUAUGCAUUUGAUUUAUUGGGUUGUUGUUUGGUAGACGAUGACGUCACACGGUGUGUUUUAAUGUGGGAAACAGCAUUAAAGCUGCGUUUUGUUGUGACUAAUAAUAUGACCAAUACUGUAAGGAACGUGACACCGGUAUGUUACUUGAAUUGUGCAGUUGAAGUUAUGUCAGUCGAAACUUUACGUCAACUUACUGAUCCAAAUGACUUUUACAUGCAAGCACUACUGAAAUAUUCCCGGAUUUAUGGUGAAAAUCAUCCUGUAACAAUCGGAAAGAUCAUUUUUCGCGGUGCUAUGUAUCUAGCUAAUGGCUGUUAUCAGCAAUGUAUGAAACUAUGGAAAUACGCUUACACGCUAAGAUUCAAACAAGACGAUCCUUUAAAUGGUGAUACAAUCCAAAGUGCAAUAAGUUUAGUUGACAUGAUUUGUGAAAUGGAGAUAAAAUGGGGUAACAAGAAUACGAAAGAACGGGUGCAGAUGACCGAUGUAUUGGAUGUCUUCAAGACGAUUGUUCGUCAGAUUGAGGGAGGUAAAAGUGUUCUCACCAUACGUCCAUUAAGCAUUAUUGAACAAGGACAUUUGCAGUGCCUAAUGAAGUUAACACUACAUUUAAUUCGACUUUUUCAGUUUAUAGGUGGUAGCGUGACUGAGCGUGUAGACUUUAUAGAACAAGUUGCGUACUUGGUUCAGAUUGAUCCAAGGGGAAUAAAUAAUCAGACAUUAUUACACUUAGCAGUAGAUCCCAAUAUAACCAAAGUAGGAGAUGUUUCUCUGAUGAAAUUUCCAUCAGUUUAUGUGGUUGAUAUACUAUUGGUCUGUGGUGCAAAUACUAAUACCCGUAGCGACGACGGAUAUGAUCCACUGAGAAAAAGCAUUAAAUUUUCUGACCUGCCUUCUAAAAAGAUUUAAAACUAGAUGGAAAGCAUCUGGUUUAAAACAAUAAUAACAGCAAAAUGUUUUAAAGACAGUUUAAUGAUUUGACAGUUCCAAUGCCUUUUAUAGCUUUCUAUGUGGUAUGAGUUUUGCUCAUUGUUCAAGGCCAUGCGGUAACAUAUUCUCUAAUAACUACUUACAUCCACGUCCUUUGUUGGUUAGUAGAUUUGUUGAUCAAUUCUGUAUAGGUUUAUCAAACAUGUGAAAUAGGAUGUUUUGUUAAAAGAAAAUGCAUUCAAAGCUUGUAUAUUUAGCUGUUAAUUUCACAUGCCACAUUCGUUUUUAUGUGAUAGACAAAUUCUAAAAAAGGAAGCGCUCUUUGUGUAAAAAUAAUCUUUGUAAACGACAGACAUAACUUGAGUUAUUUUUAUGUGUAGAAUUAAAUGGAACUGGUACAUUGUAUAAAGUACGAAAUAUUCAAUAAAAAUCUAGAUUUUUGAAUAAAUUUGAAAUAAAUGCACUUUUCUGCUGCUCACUACCAUUGUUAUGAUGUUAUACCUGUCUUAAUGUAGCUAGGGUGUCUAAAUGCCCGACAAUACACUUUUCUUAAACUUCUGUAAAAGACUUCUGGCACAAUUUAAUCUUAAAUUUCAAAACAAAAAAUGGGGGUCCUGGACCUUGAAUUUUCUUUAGAAUACAUUGAAAUUUACGAAAUUACCGUAAUAUUUUAUAUGGAUUAUAAAGGGAAAACUUUUUUUUACCUUUAUACUUGUUAUACUUUUAAACCUAACCCUCAAUAAAUGAUUCCAUAAACUUAAAGAAAAUUAAUGCCCGGGGAGAGCUACAAAAAGGAGUAACGAGUUCUAUAAACAAAGAGGCGAUAUUGAUAAAUUGGUGGAUUCUUGUUUUUAUCGUGUCAAAAUAAAUAUUCCGAAAAU